GGUCAUGGACAGAGUGUCGUUAGUUAUUUGUUAUUGUGCGAGACAGGCUGAGAGCAGAGAGAGAGAGAGUGAGUGAGAGGUACGAAGAAGAAGAAGAAGAAGAGGAUCAGUACUCCAAUCAGUGAAUCAAAAAGCAAGCAGCAGAUUGUAACAAAGCCGACCUGCAAUUCCAAUUCCAUCUCCGAGUCCGAUCGUUGAAAAAUUGCCGUACCUUACAGCUUUUUUCGAUGAAUCGCACUUUAUAGAAUCAGUCCUUGAUCUGGUACCAGCAAAUUCCAUUUGGAUCCAAUUCACAGGAACGAUAGAAAGGAAGAACACCAAAAGGAGACAACAACGGAGGAGAAGAGAGAACCGACAGUUUCUAGCAGGAAACAAGCAUAGAUAGCGAGCGAGCGAGAGGGGAUUCCAUUUGUCAUGAUCUCAUGUGCAAGGACCUAUCGUCGCCAGUAUGAUUCACAGCAGCAGCAACACCAACAGCAACGGGUUGAUGUCUUCAUCGUCGGUGAACGCACAAUCUCCAGGGCUUAAGACCUAUUUCAAGACUCCCGAAGGCCGUUACAAGCUCCAAUACGAGAAAACUCACCCUCCCGGUCUCCUUCACUACGCCCAUGGCAAAGCCGUUACUCAGGCCACCCUUGCUCAUCUCAAGGACAAACCCUCACAAGUAUCACCUUCCCCUACUUCGAGCUUGAGCGCCGGCAGUGGAGUCAGAUUAGCGGCUGCGAGGUUAUUGGGUGGCGGGAACGGCAGCCGUGCACUUAGCUUUGUAGGUGGGAAUGGUUCGAGUAAAGCCCUCUCGGGGUCUAGUAGGAUUGGUUCAUUGGCGACUUCCAGUUCGAGUUAUAGCACUCCAGCUACUUCGAAUUAUGAUGGCAAAGGGACUUACUUGAUAUUCAAUGUGGGAGAUACCCUUUUCAUUAGCGACUUCAAUUCUCAAGAUAAGGAUCCUAUUAAAUCUAUCCAUUUCAGCAAUUCAAAUCCGGUGUGCCACGCAUUUGAUCCCGAAGCUAAGGAUGGGCAUGACUUGCUUAUUGGAUUGAAUUCUGGAGAUGUCUAUUCGGUGUCACUAAGGCAACAAUUGCAAGAUACUGGAAAGAAGCUUGUUGGGGCUCAACAUUACAACAAAGAUGGUUCCAUUAAUAGCAGUCGAUGUACUAGUAUUGCAUGGGUACCCGAUGGUGAUGGUGCUUUUGUCGUAGCUCAUGCUGAUGGAAACUUGUACGUUUAUGAAAAGAGCAAGGAUGGGGCUGGAGAUUCUAUAUUCCCUGUUAUCAAGGAACAAACUCAAUUUUCUGUUGCACAUGCGCGAUCUAGUAAGAGCAACCCAGUGGCCAGAUGGCAUAUUUACCAGGGUUCAAUCAAUAGCAUUGCUUUCUCGUCAGAUGGAACAUAUUUGGCAACUGUUGGAAGAGAUGGUUACUUACGGGUAUUUGACUAUUCAAAAGAACUGCUAAUAUGUGGUGGGAAAAGCUAUUACGGCGCUCUACUGUGCUGUGCUUGGAGCAUGGAUGGAAAGUACAUUCUAACCGGAGGUGAAGAUGAUCUAAUACAAGUUUGGAGCAUGGAAGACCGGAAAGUCGUGGCAUGGGGUGAGGGGCACAGCUCAUGGGUUAGUGGAGUUGCUUUUGACUCAUACUGGUCAUCACCUACUUCAGAUGGCACAGGGGAAAAUGUCGUGUACCGUUUUGGUUCUGUUGGUCAG